UUCUUAGUAUUUUCUGAAAAUGUAUUAUUCAGUCUAUAUUAUAGUGAACGCAUUACUCUUGAUGUAUUCUGGGGCGUCUGUGUUCUUGUGGGCGCAUUAUCUUUUUUUUCUUCCUAUUUUUUAAGGGAAGCACCUAUUGGUAGUGUUCUUUUAGUUCUUA